GAGGCUCCAGUCUCCGGCCCCGGCUCCUCGCAAGCACUUCCCACCUCGGGCGAAAGUCCGCCGGGCGCCGGAUCCUCCGCCCGGCCGAGAGGAGGGGGCGCGCCCGCCCGCCGCUCGCAGCUUUCCCGGGGAUUGCUACUCCGCUUUGAACUUAAAUGAACUAGCCCCGGACCGCGGGAGGAGGAGGAGGAGGAGGGAGAGCCGCGUCCUCCCGCGCCUUCUGCCGCCUGGCCGCCGGCCGCACCUUGCUCCGGCACCCCCUCCCCGCCGCCGGGGAUGCUCUGAGCCCUCCCAGCCAUGACACCCACCUGCCCCCCGGCGCCGCCAGCCCCUCGCUCCCACGGACUCUGCUGACUCCGCCGGCCCCGCCGCCCCGGCCCCCCAGAGCCGGCGCAGCCCGCCCGCCCCCCGGAAAGUACUUCGCUCCCCGCUCCGCCGGGCAGGGGGGCCAGCGCACCCCGCCGCUCCCCUCCUCUCCUCUCCUUGUGUGUUUUUUUUUUCUUUUUUUUUGUUUUGUUUUGGUUUGUUUUUUUGUUAUUUUUUUUUCUCCCCUAAGUCUUGAAGUUGAGUUUUAGAGGCGACACGGCGGCUUCAGCCGAUUUCUUCCCCUUCCUUUGCCUCCCCAUGGAUAUGCACUGCAAGGCAGACCCCUUCUCAGCAAUGCACCCAGGGCACGGGGGUGUGAACCAGCUCGGGGGGGUGUUUGUGAACGGCAGGCCCCUACCUGACGUGGUGAGACAAAGGAUAGUGGAGCUGGCUCACCAGGGGGUGCGACCCUGUGACAUUUCCAGGCAGCUGCGGGUCAGCCACGGUUGUGUCAGCAAGAUCCUGGGCAGGUAUUACGAGACGGGGAGCAUCAAGCCCGGCGUGAUCGGCGGCUCCAAACCCAAAGUGGCGACCCCCAAAGUAGUGGAUAAAAUCGCCGAGUACAAGAGACAAAACCCGACAAUGUUCGCCUGGGAGAUCCGGGACAGGCUACUGGCCGAGGGCAUCUGCGACAACGACACGGUCCCCAGCGUCUCCUCCAUAAACAGGAUCAUCAGAACCAAAGUUCAGCAACCUUUUCACCCAACACCAGACGGGAGCGGGACAGGUGUGACUGCACCAGGACAUACUAUCGUGCCCAGCACAGCAUCCCCUCCCGUCUCCAGUGCCUCCAAUGAUCCAGUGGGCUCUUACUCCAUUAACGGGAUCCUGGGGAUUCCUCGGUCGAAUGGCGAGAAGAGGAAACGUGAUGAAGAUGUAUCCGAGGGCUCAGUUCCCAACGGAGAUUCCCAGAGCAGCGUGGACAGUUUGCGGAAGCACCUUCGUGGCGACACUUUCACCCAGCAGCAGCUGGAAGCUUUAGAUCGAGUUUUUGAGCGUCCUUCUUACCCUGACGUCUUUCAAACAUCAGAGCACAUCAAAUCUGAGCAGGGUAAUGAGUACUCCCUCCCAGCUCUGACCCCUGGUCUCGAUGAAGUCAAAUCAAGUCUAUCCACCUCUGCUAACCCAGACCUGGGGACAAAUGUGUCAGGACCCCAGACGUACCCUGUGGUGACCGAAAACCUCUCCUCUCCCCUCAGUAUAAAGCAAGAGCCUCAUGGAGCCUCUCUCACCCCUUUCACCCCCACCACGCCGGUCGGCUCUGGGCAGGCUGAUCUUCAGCCCUUCCACAUGGCCCUUUCAGACGAUGCGUCCACGCCUUGCUACAGUGCCUUCCUUCAUCAUGGUGCCCACUUUGGGCAGUCCAGCAGCCAGCCUCUGAUAGCAGGUCGUGAUAUGGCAAGCACCACCUUGCCUGGCUACCCACCCCAUGUUCCCCCAACUGGACAAGGCAGCUACCCAACCUCAACUCUUGCAGGAAUGGUUCCUGGGAGCGAGUUCUCAGGGAACCCCUACAGCCACCCUCAGUACACAACCUACAACGAGGCCUGGCGGUUCAGCAACCCUGCAUUACUAAGUUCCCCUUAUUAUUAUAGUGCCACAUCCCGGGGCUCCGCACCUCCCACUGCUGCCGCUGCCUAUGACCGCCACUAGUUACCAUGGAAACCACAUGAAACUGCAGGGCGACAGCUUAGGCCUCCACAUUGUACCUGUCUGACCACCUCCCUCCAUCCCUGGGAAGGGUGAAGAGACCUUCUCCGUUCCUCCCCACAGUCCAGUUCCUUCCUCUUCGCCACGAAGGCGCCGGACCAAGCGCUCACCGCUCAAGACUGAGACCCCCCCGCCCUCCCCCUGCCUUCCGCCCCGACCGCUUCCCCCUCGCCGGGAAGAGCCUGCGGCCAAGCGGCUUCUCCUGCGGGAGCCCUCCUCCGCGCCUGGGCAGAGCUCAGCCACGUGAAGUCCCCUUGGCUUCCAGGACUUCAGGGGGACUGGGAAGCAAUGCAGCUGGCAGCCAUUGCCUUACAGGACCCCCUUCUUCUGGGAGCAGUAAGGGCCAGGGGAAGCAGGGGAGAACGCUGCUCACGAAACACUGUUCCCCAAAGAUAUGCUCUUCUGUGGUGGACUCUUCAACAUGCGUAACCUGUGAUGCUCACCCUGUUUCCCAGGCCAGAGGGAACAGUCUGGCUAGAGCAGAGAAGGCAGUACAGAGACCUGGCAAUGAAGAAGAGGACCAAGUAACUACCCGCACCCCACGAGGGGUUCUCUGUGCACCUCCUCAUCCCCACUCUCCAGCAUGGCUUCCCCCAUAGUUGGCUGCACCUCACGCAUGGUGACUUUGCAGGCCAGAGUUGGGAGGAACCUCACACAUACACCCACAAUUUCUGUGACACACAAUCAGCUCAGACAGGAGGAUGGAGCAACAUUUACAAACCAACCGACGAAAUGAAGAAAUAUAUAAAUAGAUAUAUAAAUAUAACUGUGUUUUUAUGCUUUGUCAUGAAGGUCUGUAAAAAGGAAAAAAAAAAAAGAACAAAUCCCCAAUUUUCUAAAAAACCCAAGCAAACAAAAACAACAAAAAAACCAAAAUAAUAAUUAAAAAACCCUACAAAAAUAAAACUCCAAGUCCCAUCCCUCCCCGCCACCUGAAUGGCAGACAAGUUCCUCUGACGUUUGAUGCUCCUCUUUCACUCUAGGGUUUUGUUUCCUUUCUGUUUUGCACUACAAUGGGAUGGUGGUAUUGGAGAGGAUUGGAUGCCAGCUCCACCCCUGUCGUCUCCUCCUCCUCCCCCUUUCCCAAAUCCUGUCUCUGGGGAGCAGUGUGGACAAGUCACAUCUGACAAAGUUACCAAACACAUCAGUCGACAAAAAAGCACUCUGAGUCAACAAACGUUUUCCAUGUCACUGGUUGGCAAACAAAGAAAACAAGCCCAGCUGCGCUCUAACUGCGCUGUGUGGUGGAAAGUGUGGGGCUUCAUGUGGGCCCAUCUGAUUGCCCUCUGGACAGCUGAGACUGAGAUGGACAAAUUCAGGAUUGGCUGGGAUUAUUGCUUGGUUCCCUAGCCCGUAGCCUCCACAACUUUUACCUUAAUCCCUGUACCCGUGACAACUUCAGUUCACCCACAUCCCAACUUUUGCAAUUUUAGAUAUGCCCAACACCCAUUCUCCACUGCCGGUGACAACAGCCUCAUUAUCUGUGCCCAACACCUAAUUUCCUAACCACUGUAGCCUUGCUAUAUGGGCCCCCUUUGAUUCCCAGUCCAUCUGUUCAUACACCUACUAAUUUAUAGGCUUCCAUUCAAAUCCAUAUGCUUGCAUCCUACCAGCCAGUCCCAACAUACAGCCCCAUCUUUUCAUCUUCAAUCCUGUAUUGUGCACCCUAAUAUUUACCCCUUAUCCCAAAUGCUCACCUGAUGAUUCUCUAGGGAUUCUCUGCUCUUUUUGGUUCCCAAGUGACUGGCAAACACUGUUCUGCAAAAGGCUAACUGUCAAUAGAAAUGCUUAUUACUCCUGUAUUGUCAGCAAACUCAUAAACUGUUCCUUGCACUGACACUUCCUAAAAAAUACUCAAAGAAAACAUGAAGGCAGCUAUAGCCUGUCCCCAGGGCAUCAAGUCUGCCAAAGUAGAUCCUUGUUGUUUUAGAGAGGUUUUGGAUAAAACUCGUGGGCUACUGUCCAUGGACAAAGACAGGAUUGAGAAUCAAACCCCCAAAGGGUAUAAAAGUGAACAGCGGAGCAAUCUGUACAGCCAACAUUAUGUAUAAAAUCCAAAGUUCCAAGCCUCAGAGGA